AGGCACUGGAUUCACAGAGUGAACACCCUAGAACAAAGAAAAAUCAGCAAAACUUAGAAACCAAAUUUCGACUCUAUACAGAUACAACUGAACGCGACUGUCAAAUUUUUUUAAAUCAGUUGGAGACUCUUGACCAAUGCAGUUUCAAUGCUUCUCUUCCUCUGGCGAUAAUAGUCCAUGGCUGGUCGGUGGAUGGGCUAUUAGAAGGUUGGAUUUGGAAAAUGGCAGCAGCUCUGAAGUCUCAGCAUAAACAAAUGAAUGUGAUUGUUGCAGACUGGCUUACACUGGCUCACCAGCACUAUCCCAUUGCUGUGCAGAAUACACGCUAUGUAGGAAAGGAGAUAGCAGAAUUCCUGGAAUGGUUGGAGGAAUCCAUUCAAUUUUCCAGAAGCAAUGCUCACCUAAUUGGGUACAGCCUAGGAGCUCAUGUUUCAGGAUUUGCUGGAAGUUUUAUCGGUGGUACAAAAAAGAUUGGAAGAAUUACAGGCCUUGACCCUGCUGGUCCCUUGUUCGAAGGAAUGUCACCCACAGACCGUUUAUCUCCAGAUGAUGCAAACUUUGUAGACGCAAUUCAUACCUUCACUAAACAGCACAUGGGUCUCAGUGUGGGCAUCAAGCAACCUGUGGCUCAUUUUGACUUUUACCCCAAUGGAGGCACCUUCCAGCCUGGCUGUCACAUCAUGCACGUGUACAACCACAUCGCGCAGUACGGGAUCACUGGCAUCACUCAAACUGUGAAAUGUGCCCAUGAGAGGUCAGUUCAUUUGUUCAUCGACUCUCUGCUGCACAGUGAUAAGCAAAGCACAGCUUACUGGUGCAACGACAUGAACACUUUCAACAAAGGGUUGUGCCUCAGCUGCAGGAAGAACCGGUGCAACAGCCUGGGCUACAACAUCAGGGAGGAAAGGGUCCCAAAAAGCAGACAGCUCUUUCUGAAAACAAGAGCACAUAUGCCCUUCAAAGUGUACCAUUAUCAGUUCAAGAUCCACAUCAUCAAUGAAAUCCAAGGCAGGCCGAUAGACCCAGCAUUUACCAUGUCUCUGACUGGGACUAAGGAGGAUGCUAAAAACUUACCCAUCCCACUAGCUGAAGGUAUUACUGGGAAUAAAACCUACUCUUUUCUCAUUACCCUGGACACUGAUAUUGGUGACCUAAUAAUGAUCAAGUUCAAAUGGGAAGGAACUCCAGUUUGGGAAAACAUCUGGGACACAGUUCAAACCAUAAUGCCAUGGACAAAAGGCACCCGUCGACCAGGACUUAUAGUGAAGGCAAUAAGAGUGAAAGCAGGAGAGACACAGCAAAAAAUGACAUUUUGUUCCCAAACCAUUGACAACAUUCACCUUCAUCCCUCCCGAGAGAAGACGUUUGUGAGAUGCGAGGAUCGUUUUCAGAGACAAAACGCAAAAUGA